AACGGCGUAAACUUUUUCCCGAACUUUCUCUAUUCUCCUUUUUUUUUUUUUUUUGAAGAUUAUCACAAACAAAAUGCCCUAGAAAAAACUGACUCAUCAAGAAAUGGCAAUUCUCAGCUUCUGCUUGUGUUGUUCCAAACUCCCCCCAAAUCCUAAAAUUCAGAAUGUCCAUCUCUCCCCACAAAUCCAUCAAUCUACUUCACAAGUUUCUAUAAAAUCAGCUGAAUCUUCGAGAAAUGGUUUCAUCUCAUUAGGUGAAACAAUUUCAAGAGCAAGCUUUGUAGCACUUCUCUCUGCUUCACUCUUCUUUGUUUCCGAUCCUGCUUUAGCCUUUAAAGGCGGAGGCCCUUACGGAGCUGGAGUAACAAGGGGCCAAGAUCUAACAGGGAAGGAUUUUAGUGGGAAAACUUUAAUCAGACAAGAUUUUAAAACUUCAAUACUCAGACAAGCUAAUUUUAAAGGUGCGAAGUUACUCGGUGCUAGCUUUUUCGAUGCCGAUUUAACUGGGGCUGAUCUAUCUGAUGCGGAUCUUAGAGGUGCUGAUUUCUCCUUAGCUAAUGUGACUAAGGCCAAUUUAAGCAAUGCUAACUUGGAAGGAGCACUUGCAACGGGGAAUACAUCUUUCAAGGGUUCCGUUAUACAAGGGGCAGACUUCACGGAUGUUCCUCUAAGAGAAGAUCAACGGGUAUACCUUUGCAAAAUUGCUGAUGGAGUGAAUCCAGUAACUGGUAAUGCAACACGAGAGACAUUGCUUUGCGAAUAGCUUUAUGUAGUGUAAGCUGUUAAUCAUUGCUGGCCUCAUCAAUUUGUACCUAUUUUUUCCUGUAUAUGAUUUGAACCUGUACCACAUCACGAGGUUCCAUGUAAACAUCAACAGUUGGAGCUCGUAUUAGGUUCGAUUAUAUUUGAUCAAAUUGCCACAUA